AUGGCGGCCUCCAUAAGACUAUUUUGUAAACAAAUGUCUGCGAUACACAAGUUACCGGUGUCCUCGAAAUUGUUACAAGGUUACAGGUUAUCAGCACUUAUAGGUGCACACAGGCGCUCUUUUAGGCUUCAAGGUUAUCUGUGCAAUGGAGAAUAUGAGUGGGAAGACCCAAAGUCAGAAGCUGAUGUAGUAAACAUCACAUAUGUGGACAGACAGGGUGAAAGGCAUCAAGUCCGUGGUAAAGUUGGUGACAAUGUGAUGUAUCUGGCUCAUAGAUAUAACAUUGAAAUGGAAGGUGCGUGUGAAGCUUCUCUUGCCUGUUCAACCUGCCAUGUUUAUGUGAAAGAUGAAUAUUUCAACAAGUUACCAGAACCCGAUGAAAAAGAGGAAGAUAUGCUAGAUAUGGCCCCGUUUUUGAAGGAAAAUUCCAGAUUAGGUUGUCAGAUUAUUCUCAGGAAAGAACUUGAUGGGAUAGAAGUGACACUUCCAAAAGCUACCAGAAAUUUCUAUGUUGAUGGACAUGUGCCUCAACCGCACUAA